CAGCCCAGGCUGGGGAGAGAACCCCAGUAGAGGUGGGGUGCCAGGGUGCGGGGAGCAGUAUCUAGCCCCAGAUGGGGGCUGGCUUGGGCCUGGCCCCUGCCUUCCUCCCAUCAGGAGCCAGGCCCUCAGGGGGGCCACCAUCCCAGACAAAUGAGCGAGAAGCAGACGAGACGGAGCCCCAGCCGCCAAGGAGCGUCACGUGCCGUCCAGUCCUCCCCUCCCCGACCCGGUCUGCAGCCCCUGACCUGCUGUGCUCUCUCCCCCCAGGGUGCUGUGCGGAGCUGCUGCUGCUGCUGCUGCUGGCCGGCGAGCUGCCCCUGGGCGGCGGCUGCCCGCGGGACUGCGUGUGCUACCCGGCGCCCAUGACGGUCAGCUGCCAGGCGCACAACUUCGCCGCCAUCCCCGAGGGCAUCCCGGAGGACAGCGAGCGCAUCUUCCUGCAGAACAACCGCAUCACCGUCCUGCGGCAGGGCCACUUCAGCCCCGCCAUGGUCACCCUGUGGAUCUACUCCAACAACAUCACCUUCAUCGACCCUCGCACCUUCGAGGGCUUCGUGCACUUGGAGGAGCUGGACCUCGGCGACAACCGGCAGCUGCGGACGCUGGCGCCCGAGACCUUCCAGGGCCUGGGGAGGCUCCACGCCCUCUACCUCUACAAGUGCGGGCUGGGCGCCCUGCCCGCCCGCCUCUUCGGCGGCCUGCACAGCCUGCAGUACCUCUACCUGCAGGACAACCACCUCGAGUACCUGCAGGAUGACAUCUUCGUGGACCUGGUCAACCUGAGCCACCUGUUUCUCCACGGCAACAGGCUGAGCAGCCUGGGCCGGGACACCUUCCGGGGGCUGGUGAACCUGGACCGGCUGCUGCUGCACGAGAACCAGCUGCAGUGGGUGCACCCCCGGGCGUUCCACGACCUCCGCCGGCUCACCACCCUCUUCCUCUUCAACAACAGCCUCUCCGAGCUGCAGGGCGACUGCCUGGCACCGCUGGGGGCUCUGGAGUUCCUCCGCCUCAACGGCAACGCCUGGGACUGCGGGUGCCGCGCGCGCUCCCUGUGGGAAUGGCUGCUCAGCCAGGGCCGGGACCUGAAGCUGCUGAGCGCCGAGGACUUCCGGAACUGCAGCGGGCCGGCCUCCCCCCACCAGAUCAAGUCUCACACGCUCACCACCACCGACAGGGCCGCGCGCAAGGAACACCACCCGGCCCGCGCCCGGGACAAGAGCCACCCGCACGGCUCUCGGAAGCCAGGCAAGAACUGCACCAGCCACAGGAAUCGCAACCAGGUCUCCAAGGUGGGCGCUGGGAAGCAGGCGCUCGAGCAGCAGGACUACGCCCCCGACUACCAGCACAAGUUCAGCUUUGACAGCAUGCCCACCGCGCGGCCCAAGAGGAAGGGCAAGUGUGCCCGCAGGACCCCCAUCCGUGCCCCCAGCGGGGUGCAGCAGGCCUCCUCCAGCAGCUCUCUGGGGGCCUCCAUCCUGGCCUGGAUACUGGGGCUGGCGGUCACUCUCCGCUGAGGACCCAGGGCACCAGCACCCAGCACUGCCACGUGUCCACCAAGAAACAGAGUUUCUUUUCUUUUUUUACAAGUGGAGGGUCUGCUGGGUUUGAGGCAGAGUCUGAGGAAGGCUUUGGCUGCCGUCUGGGUCCUGCCUGGUGGAUUAUAAACCCAACGUGUACAGCCCCAAGCAGGAGGGGAUUAGCACGCCUCACCCAGCUGCCCCGGCUGCCCCAGCCAGCCCCCUCAGAGCAGCCAGGACAGCAUCCAUCCAGCAAGGCGGUUAAGGCGCAGAGAGCACCCUUCAUUAGCAGCCAUGGGACAGUGCCCCGCGGGAGCUGAGCUCUGUGGAAUCCUGGCCAUUUGGAGAGGUCUGAAGGGCUUCUGCCCUUUCUGGAGGAGGCGGGACUCAGAGGAACAGAUGAUGGUCACCCAAGAGGCCGGGUUGACCGGCCGACUGGGAGCGCAUGAUCGGGUGUCAUUUUGGCUUUCACCUGAGGCCACUUAGUCAACCUGCCCUGAAUCUAACAGUGUGCCACCUUCCGUCCCUUCCCUGGGGUGACACCUCUCAUUCCUGAUGUCUCAGGCAACCCUGGUCCACUCAGCCCAGACCCUGGGCUCCAAGAACCAGUUACCAAAGGAAAGAUCAUCAGAGGCUGAAAUUCAGAACUUCAUCCCGUGCAAUGAGGUUCUCACAGGAGGUGCAGUUUUAUAACUACGUCCACUUAUAUAUAUACACACACACUCUACAUAUAUAUAUAUACACAUACACACAAAGACACAGGUCCCUGCCCCACACCCUUACCAAACUGUAUGUCUUAUCAUGUUUAUAAACUAUAUGGAAAACUAUAUCUGCUGAACUGAGAAUUGUAUUGGUGAUUUCUAGCAAGCAAAGAGUUAUAGGAUUUUUGUCUAGAAUCCCAACCUUCAACAGCAGUCCUCAUGGAACCUGGGCUUGCCAGGGGCACGGGCAAAUGGUCACUGGGGAGGGUCAGCGAGAAGAGGAGGCGGCAAGAAUCACUUCAGGGGACCAAUAUUCUUAGAUAUUUAGAGCAUCACCUUGUUUUUAUAUGCAGCACAAGUCCAUCUGCCGCCCGGAGCACCAUCACCCCCACCAUAGUAACUGUUGGCGUCAAGGUGAGAUGUGAGAAGCAGCUUGUUGGACAUCAGGGAGCCCGGUCCUGGGGACAGGCUGCAUGGAGGAGGGGAAGCAAGGAGCUCUGGGUUCCUUAGGCCAUUGGGUGAAGCAGUGUUAGUUCAAUAGGCUGGGCAGUGUCAUCAGCCCAGCGUUUGGCCAGUGAUGGUCUGGACAGGCCAGGGAGACUCUGAGCAUGAGCCCAGGCCUCCAGCUCACCUGCUGAAUUGAGGCUCUUCGAUGGGGUCCCAGCAAGGACUCUGUGUAGGAUGACAGGACGGAAAGGACCCGGUGGCCUUAGCAGAAGGAGAACAGCGAGGGCAUUUCCAGAACCAUCUCAGGCACUUCUGCGCUAUGGAGGCCCUGUCCCUACUGGUCCUUCUGAAGAUGCGGGCGGACGGGCAGAGGUCAGGGAGCCAGACUCAGGAGUCAGGAGUGGGGACUUGCAGGGAAUAAAGCGGGCAAGCCCAGGCAGGGGACGGGGGCUCCAGUCAAGGUCGGCCAUGCUGCUUGCUGGCUGGGGCCUGGGUGGGCACAAUCUCCUUUGGGCUUUGCACAAACCUGAAUUCCCCACCAGAGAGGAUGUGUAUGAGGAGCAAGAAACACUAAAUCCAACUAGGAGAGAAAAAUAAUAAUAAAACACUUUUCUCUUGGACAAGAA